AUGUCUACAAUAGAUAAACCAUGCAAUGAAUGCAUCAAGGGAACCAUCCACGCCGGCCUCCCCAUCGGCGACUACCAAACCAUCCACGGUCUGCGCACCUACAUCGUCGGUAACCUUUCUACCUCGCGCGCAACAAUCGUGCUCUACACCGAUAUAUUCGGGCACCUCCUGCCCAACAAUCUCCUUCUCGCCGACGCUUUUGCCGCCUCUGGAGAAUAUCUCGUGUACGUGCCUGAUUUUUUCGAAGGCGAUCCCGUUGCGCUUAAAGUGGCCGAUUUGUUAAUUCCCGUGGAUGCGAGUAAACAGGGGACGCUGGGUAAAUAUACGGGGAUCUUGGCUAGUGCGCCGAGUUUUCUGAUGUGGAUGGGUCGACAUAAAGAAGCGAAGUGUAGCGCGGUUUGUAAUGGUUUCUUGGAGAAGUUAAGGAUGGAGACCAAGGGAGAGAGGAAGAUUGGGAUGGUGGGGUAUUGUUGGGGAGGUCGAUAUGCUAUUCGUGCUGGGUUGGAAUCGAAUAUGAUUUCGAUUGAUGGGGUUAAGAAACCAUUAAUAGAUGCGGUCGUUGCGUUACAUCCAAGUAAUUUGGUGUUCCCUAGAGAUGUGGAGGGAUUAGUUGUACCAAUCAGUUAUGGGUGGGGAGAAAAUGAUGUAGCUGUUUCGAUUAAGUCGAAGGGAAUUAUUGAGGAAAUCCAUCAGAAAGAGAAGGAGAAGGGGGGGAAGGUACCGGAAAUGGAACAUAGGGUUUAUAAACCUGGAAGACAUGGAUUCGCGGUCAGAGGGAAUCCAGAUGAUCCAUUGGAAAGAGCGUGCCUGGAGGAUUCGAUGAAGCAGGGUUUGGAGUGGAUGGGAAAGUGGCUUUGA